AAUCACAAGUCCACAAGGGAAAGACCAGACAUAAUCAAAAAAUAUUGCAAUGACAAGGUGGAGUUGGGGUGCAUGUCAGGACCUUUCUCAAAGGAGGAAGUACACCAUAUUUUUGGAGGCCACUUCAUUUCAUCACCACUUGGCCUGGUAGAAAAGUCUGGAGAGCUAGGGAAGUAUUGGUUUGUGUGGGACUUAUUUUUCAAAAAUAAGGACAGAUACACCAUCAACAGCUGGCUUGAUGCAGAUGACUUUCCCACAGAGUGGGGUACUGCAGCACAAGUUGCAGAAAAUCGUGAGUCUUUCGUUGAAUCUCUACAAUAG